AUGCCCCGCAAGAAGCAAAAGGGCGCCCCUCCCCGAGCCCAGAGAGCCGGUGGUCCUCCGAAACCAGGACAAACGCCCGUUGCCUCGCAGUCCAAGUCUAAGGGGAAAGGAGCUGGAAAUGCACCUAACUCUAAGUCUGGGGGCGAUGAGGAAGAGAAGACGAAUAAGGCUCAGGCUUCUUUACAGGCUAAUCAGAGACCUAUUGUGCCGUUUUUGAGGGGUGAUCGAAUUUUGUUAAUUGGAGAGGGGGAUUUCUCCUUUGCCCGCUCCCUGGCAAAGCAAUACAAAUGCCGCAAGCUAUGCGCCACAUGCUACGACUCACAAGAAACACUCAUGAGCAAGUACCCGCAAGCAGAACAAAAUAUCCAAGAUGUCCUGCAAUCAUCAAAGCGAACCAAGUCGCAAGAUGAGAAUCCAACUCCAACUCCAGACGCAAAAGAGCAGCAGCAACAGCAAAACCAAUCUACUGCUCCAAAAGUUCUUUACUCUAUAGAUGCUCGAAAACUAGGCAUCUCAGGCGGAGGAGGCGGCAAAGAAAUCAAAACUGGGUAUCCUCGCAAGGAGCGCAAAAUACCUGCUUGGAAGAUUCAGCAACAGAAAGAACAGGGACAAGAUGUUGACUCUGACGACAAUAGACCCCUGCAUAAUGGGCCGUGGGACGUGAUUUGUUUCAAUUUCCCGCAUGUAGGUGGGCUUUCGACGGAUGUGAAUAGGCAAGUUCGUUCGAACCAAGAGCUUCUUGUGUCGUUUUUUAAGGCUUGUGUUCCUCUUCUUUCUGCUGCGCCGGCACCUGUGGAUGAAGAUGAUGAGUGGGAUGAUGAGGAUGAAGAUGAAAACGAAGAGGAUGAUGAUGACUCUGAGGAUGAAGAGGAUCAGUCCUCCGGGAAGGAGGUUCGGACUGGACCUGGACAGAUUCUGGUUUCGCUUUUUGAGGCUGAGCCGUAUACACUUUGGAACAUUAAGGACCUUGCGCGUCAUGCCGGAUUACAGGUUGUGACUAGUUUCCGGUUCCCGUGGAGCUCUUAUGAGGGGUAUUCGCAUGCUAGAACGUUGGGGGAGGUAGAGGGGAAGAAUGGGGGGAGAGGUGGAUGGCGUGGAGAGGAUAGGGAGGCUAGGAUGUAUGUGUUUGAAGUUCCUGAGCCUCCCAAGAGGAAAGGGAAGAAGAGGCCGAAGCAUGCGCAGCCCCAUGCGCACGCGAGGAAGAGAGCCAGAGACGAAGAAGAAGGCUCGAGUGAUAGUGAGUGA